AUGAUAUCAUCCAAGUCCUUUGACCCCAAAGCGUUUCUUUCCCUGGCGCAUCCGAAUGCAACUUAUCAAGAUCUUUCCGCUGGUAUGUCACAUCUGAAGGCGUCAAUAGAUGCACGGUCAGAGGCUAUAAGAGUCCUCGUUGAAGACAACUUUGAUCGAUUUGUCGCCGUCAAAGCGUCCACCGAUGCGUAUGCUAUCAUUACUAUCAACCUCUUCAUAGCCAUAGCUCAUUGGUGUAUUAUAGGUGCUGCUGUCAAGGCAAACCAAGUAUUUCUUCCAGUUCUAGAAAAUUCUUCAAAAGCCCAGAAACUACGCACCACGUUAGGUGUUUUUGAGCGCUCCAAGUUCUUUUUUAGUCUUCCUACCUCUCUGGUUGAAUCUAUCCAAGCUAACCGAUACGAGGCGGCCAUGCGAGAUUACAAUAAGGGCAAAUUUCUUUUAGAGUCCAGACCUGGUCAAAUACUUCCAGUUGGAACAGCCAAGGAUGGAAAACCUUCCCCAUCUGUCGUGUUGCAACAGAAGAGAAUAUUAGAGAAAGUUUGGACAAAUGUCGAAAAAGUCAUGGGCGAAAUGAGGAGUCUUUUGCUGUCGAAACUUCAAGAACCUAGGCGUGGCGUGGAUGAUCAGGAGAAGACGAUAGAAAUCUUGCUGGAAUUGAACACUACAGAGGACCCAGUAUGGACUUACUUCGAUAGCCAGCAUAAAUACAUAGUGGAUCAAAUGAAUAAAACUUACCAUUCAGCGACUUCGCAUAUACAAGCUUUACAAGAUCAAUCAACACCAGACAUUACAAGUCCUGGCGCUCUGGGUACUGUUCUCGCGACGCAGCUGCAAGCCUGCUUUAUAGCUCUAGAGUCAAAGCAGCCUGAAUUGAUUAUCGCACAGUCCGGGGGUCACGAAAUAUGGCAAGCGGUAUGGGAAAUGAUCAAGGGAAUCUCCGAAGUCAUCGUAUCAACUCUCCCAAACUUUUGGAAAAUAGCUAAGAGCUUUCUAGAGGGAAGGUUCCGCAGAACCAAUAGCAGUUCUGGUAGUCGACGCAGUCCAACACAGUGUCGGCAACUAGCUGUUGACAUUGUGAAGCUUUAUGUCUCACUAUUAUCGGAAUUUUUCAAGUUGUCCGACAUGGCAGUUAUGGCUUCACCCAGCUAUACAAACGCAACUCUCCCCCUUCUUCCUACACACUCUAAUUCUAUCACAACUGCUCACUUCUUAACGAAAAUACUUGGAGAAAUACAAGAUGGAGUGAAUGAAGUGAAUGCCAUGGAGAUUCCAGGGGAGGCCAGCUCUAGUCUCAAGAAUCUCAUGGAAAGUGUAAGGUGGAGAUUCGAAGACACGCUUAUACAAGCUUGGUUAAGAGAUGCCCGCGUGUUCUAUUACCUUGAGGCGUGGAUACUUACUCCAGCUGAUCCAACCACCACUCUAUACCUAACGCAGAUUGAAACUUUCCAAAGACAAGUCACUACCUCCGCUUUCAAGGUUGCGGGUGGAAUAGAACUAUCGUCCAGCGUUUCUUCGUUCAAAACGAUGAAACAGAACACUGUCGCACCUGCGUUCAUAACCAAGAUUUCUAAAGCAUUCCUGGACGCGAUAUAUGCUUUUCUAGAUGGUCUGGUUCAUCUAGCUUCUGACGACCCGCCUGUUGAUACGAGGUUAUUACUGGUUAUUUCGAAUUUCAGCACCCUUUUAACGGCAUUGAUACCGAACAUGAUAAAUCAAUUGGAAAAUGCUUUCGGUAUCAAUGUGGAGGAUGAUCGACAGACUUUGAUGAAAGUCGUACGUGAACUAGAUAAAACGCUUUUCGAGAGCUACGUCAAACCGAAAUCAGAGCGAGCCAUGAGGAUCCUCCGAGGCGGUAUCCUAGGCAGCAAGAUGGAUUGGUACGACACGCCGCAACCAUCAGAGAUAAGACCUUAUAUGUACGAGGCACUUAUGUACCUCGUAGAGAUACAUGCCCAAGUCAGCCGCACUGCUGAAGGGCUACUAGAACGCACUUUUCACUCUUUGGUGGAUGACCUCGCUGAGGAAGCUCUGAAUUCGUUCCGCCAAGUGAAACGUUUCGGAAUGGGGGGGAUGUUGCGAGCCACUCUCGAAAUCGAAUUUAUGCAUCAAACUCUAGCACGCUACGUCACACCGGCUGCCGCCAAGAACUUGUCCGAGUUGUAUAAUAAGAUUUCGCAGGCGUACGCACGACGACCUGGAGAUGAAAAUCUACAAAGCAACUUGGACAGUGUCAAAAAGACGUUGGCCGAGAGUCGUCGCGCUACAGGUAUUGAAUUCUUGUGCUUCCGGCAGGCGAAAGAGAGAAAUGGAGGGUCUGGUGGUUCAAAACCGCGGACGAAGGACAGUCGCAGGGAACGUAAAGGGCCUAAUGUGACAUGAUGAAGAUACUGUACUCAGAGGCAUGAUUGUAAUACCCUAUUAUGCUUUGCACCCGUAUUUAUAAUGCAUGUCGUACACACUAGUAUGAUAUUGUAGGUGGCAUUUUCUAAGCCAUUAGAUCCACGAGGAUAGUGAUGAUACCGAGGACUGUUGUGGAAACGGGAAUGGCCCAAACUCAGAGAAAAGGGCUGGGCUAACGAUUGAGAAAACUACAUACCUAUUUCGAUAGCAAUUAGCACGAUAACAAUCUGUU